CCCGGAAGCAACGGCGUUUCGAAAAUGGCGAUCCAUAUAAGCCGCAGCCCAAAAAGACGAAAGUAGCGCAUUUUAAGUCUAAAUCGAGCUCUGACAGGAACUUAAUGAUGAGUUUAUAACGGAGAAUAUCAUCUAAUGUCAGGAUGAACAGCGUUAGCAUGGCACAAAAGGACGGGAUGACGGCAGACUCUUACACCGACAACCUCAUUGGCACAUUAUUAGCUAUCUUUGGGAACCUGUUGGUCAGCAUCUCAGUCAGCAUUCAGAAACAAAGUCAUGUGACUCUGGCUGGAAAUAAAGACCCAAGGCAAUAUUACUACACUAAAACCUGGUGGUUAGGCCUGGUGUUGAUGGUUCUGGGCGAGGGAUCUCUUUUUGUGUCUUAUGCAUUUGCGCCGCUCUCUCUUAUAGCCCCUCUCAAUGCCGUGUCUAUAAUAUCUAGCUCCAUCUUAGGUUUUCUGUUUUUGCGGGAAAAAUGGAAGGCACAAGAAUUCUUGAAGCGCUACAUUUUGACUUUCCUGGGCUGUGCUUUGACUGCGGGCGGUACUUACCUCUUUGUGACAUUUGGGCCAAACACUCAUGAGAAACUGAAUGCAGAGAACAUAGUAAAACAUGUUAUCUCCUGGCCUAUCCUCUUAUACUUGCUUCUAGGGAUCAUUGCAUUCUGUCUGGUGCUGUAUUAUUACAAACAGCGGAACGCAAACUACCUUGUCCUGAUUCUGCUACUGGUGGCACUACUUGGUUCAGUGACUGUAAUCACAGUGAAGGCGGUUUCAGGGAUGAUUGUGCUUAGCAUUGUGGGUCCUCUACAGCUGUCAUAUCCCAUAUUCUAUGUCAUGUUCGUCUGCAUGAUUGCUACAAUUGUCUUCCAAGCAUCAUUUUUAGCUCAGGCAUCUCACCUGUAUGAUUCCUCGCUCAUUGCCUGUGUGAAUUACAUCUUCUGUACAACAUUUGCAAUUGGGGGAGGAGCUGUAUUUUAUCAGGAAUUCAACCAUGAAGAUGUCUUGCACAUAUGCAUGUUUCUAUUGGGAUGUGCUAUUUGCUUUCUUGGAGUGUUCCUAAUCACCAAAAACAAGAGGAAAGCCAAAUCCUUUGAGCCGUAUGUCACUAUGGACAUGGCGAAAGGAAUUCCUACCAUUCAUAACAAAGGCUGGGCUGUGCAGCCUGAUUAUAAUGGCUCGUUUUCCUACGGCGCGCUGGAAAACAACGACAACGUGGCUCCUGUGGCGCUUCCAGUGAACCAUGAGCAGUCCGUCUCUCCUGGCCCUGUUAGCUCAUACCAACCCUCAGAACUGAAGAAAGACUGAACCCGAAGUGCAAUUAAUGAUACUCUGUUUAGCCGUUACUGGUUCGACAGCACUUUUAAAACAGCAGAGGUCUGAAACACUGGAUCAUUUCAGAACUGUAUUUCUCUAGACUGAUCCUGAGUCAGGAAAGCAAGCUCUAAUCGGCUUAUGCUAGAAUGCAAAUAAGGACUUUCCUUGGUGGCGUUGAGUUCAACCAUGAGAGAUAUUGGCAUGUUGUUAUUAUAUGACACUCAUAUCUGCACUUAUGCCUCACUGACAUUGAUCACUCCUGGUUUCCAAUAGUUACAAAGCUAAUAGUACUACCCUAAGAUGCUAAAUAUACCUCAGAAGAUGUUUUGGAUUCUGCUACUGCUUUGUACUAGAGAUACUGCAGCCGGUCCAGCUUUAAAGGCCAAAGACUUAUGUAGACCAAUGUACAUUACACAUUUCCUUGCUAGAUACUGUAUAUACAUUUGGUACUGGCUCAAAAUCACAUACAAACUCAUACAUUUCUCAUUUUGCUCAAGUCUUAGGGGUUGAAUGUAAGGUAUUAUUUAUUCCCUGUGCCUGUCUAAAGCAUACUAAAUAGGUUUUCUGUACAAAUAUUUAUGUUUAUGGGUAAUACCCCAGCAAGCGUUUUUCGUUUUUAAAACAUGUCUAAUAGACGUCUAAACAUAGUCGUCUUGGCUAAAACAAGGCUAAAUUUGGGAUGUCAGUAGGCCAAAACUAGACAAGUCAUCAAAUAAACAAAAAAGGAAUACCUACACAAAUAAAGUCUGUCUACUUGACGACUAGUCUAGUUUUGGGCUAUUCUUAGAUGUCUAUUAGAUUUUCACUGACAGCCCAAGUUUAGCCUUGUUUUAGCCAAGCUGUCUACGUUUAGAUGUCUAUUAGACACAAAUUUGUUUGCUGGGACUUUGAAGAUCGGGAUACUUCGGGUGGUUAAACUAUACAGAUGCCUUCUGUAAAGCUUUAGGAAACACUGGUGGAUGUUUUGUAAAUACCAUUGCUAUGACUGGUUAAAUAUUUUAUCAUUGAUUUGGUUUGUGGCCAGUUUUCAUUAUUUAAUAAGUAAUCAUUAAUGCUGUAUUUCACCAUUGACGAGACUUUUUUUUGAGAAAUAAUGGAAAACUUGACUGUCUAAUCUGCGUCAACACACUGAGUUAUGUUCAAGUGCAAUUACUGCUGUGUUAAAAGAAAUGUUAAUGGAUUUAAUGUUAACAGCGAUUGUUUUAAGAAUCCCUUUUCCUUUUUUAUACUAUAACCAUUUCACAAUGACAAUCAUAAUGUCUAUAACCAAAAUAAAUAAUGAAGUAAGAAUUAUGGAAAAA